AUGAUCGAGCAAUUACACUUGAAACAUAACAAUACUGGAACACAAACACUUCUAAUGGUUUUGAGAGAAAGAGUUUGGAUUAUCAGAGGUAGAAAAACUGUACGUUCUGUGGUAAAAGGAUGUGUUACAUGCCAGAGAUAUGCUGUUAAGGCCUUAGAAGUACCUCUUCCUCCUUUACCUGAAGACAGGACAAAAGUGCUCAAAACGUUUCAAGUGAUAGGCAUUGACUUCGCCGGGCCAGUUUUCUUGAAAGGGAAUUUAAAUGCUUGGAUAAUAAUUUUCACGCAUGCAGUUUUUAGAGCUGUUCAUCUUGAAUUAAUUACUUCUUUGAGCACAAACGUCUUUAUAGAUGCAUUUAGACGUUUUAUUUCACGGAGAGGUCGAGUUGAAGUCAUAUACUCGGACCAUGGUUCGAAUUUCGUAGGCUUAAAUAAAGCUAUGAAUCAAUUGGAUUGGGCUGAUAUCGAGUGGAAGUGUGCAUUAAUGAAAAUAAAAUGA